AACGACCAUUUUAAAUAAUAGUUCCUGAUUUUUAAUUUAAGACAUUCGCCAGUGAAAUUUGGCUUUGUUAAAAGGAACUUUCUAAAAAAAAAAAAAAAAACUUUUAAAAUCUGCUGCAUAUUCUGUAAAGUGAUUUCUUGAGUGUGUCCAACUAGAAGAACUUCCUUAAAAAUGGCUCAAACUGUACAAAUGACUACCGAACAAUUGCAACAAUUGAUUGAAGCUGUACGUACGUCUGCUAUAGCUGCCGCUGGAGCGGCCGGUUCAACUGUAGCACCCAAAUCGAAAGGUAGCUUUAGUAAUUGCAUUUCCCGUUUUGGUGGUCAACGGGAUCAUGAAGCCGUUGAGGAAUUUAUUACUUCGAUUGUUACGUAUAAAGAAGUUGAAUCGAUUAGCGAUGAAGAUGCUUUGAAAGGUGUUUCCCUAUUAUUCUACGGUUUGGCAUCGACUUGGUGGCAAGGUGUUCGAAAAGAAGCUAAAACAUGGAAUGAUGUUUUAUCACUGAUACGUGAACAUUUCUCUCCCACCAAGCCGGCUUAUCAGGUGUAUAUGGAAAUUUUUGAAAAGAAACAAGACGAUAAAGCCGCUAUCGAUACUUUUGUAUGCCAGAAACGUGCUCUGCUAUCGCAGCUGCCAGAGGAUCGUCAUGAUGAGGAGACUGAAUUGGACUUUAUUUACGGUCUUGUCAAUAUCAAAUAUCGUAAACAUAUUGCACGCCACGAUGUCAAGACGUUUAAAGAUUUACUGGAAAAGGGGCGCAUUAUAGAGCAUAAUAAUUUGGAGAGUGAAGCCAAUGCCGAUGGUUGCAUAAAAGGUUCUAAACGCACAAAACGGUGCACAUAUUGCAACUUCCGUGGCCAUACUCAGGAUCAAUGCCGUAAACGUAACAAGGAAGAAAAUGCUGGUGAUGACUAAGUCAUUGCUAAACGAAAGGAACACAACAACAAUAACAGCAUAACAAUAACUUUAAAAUAUGAUGUCACCUUGAGAGAGCGAUUGUUUUCUACGUCAUUUUCUCUACACCUCAAAGAUGGCAAAAACGGUUACUCUCUUAGGUUAAUAUUUUUCGCUGCGUAAUUUAUAAUAAUUUUCGGUAAAAUUACUCAAAUACUCUCUUAUAUCCAAAUUAAGUGCUUUAGGAAAGAUUUUUUAUGCUUUUGUUUAGAAAAAAAGUUUUUUAAUUUUUUUUUCAAACGUAAGCAUUUUAAAUUGUUUCCUAAAUCAUUUAGGAUGGGGUAAGAAUGUAUAAUUUCUUUUUUUUUUUCUAAACGCUGAGCUCCUAAGCACGGCUAUUGGAUAUGAACGCCAAACCCUCCAACAUUGCUAUAGAAAAAUGAUUUUUAACAA